UUAUAUCAACACCGUGUUGUUUUCUUUUUGUCCUUCCCAUGUGUUUCUCAAACUUCUCGUCAGCUGCGAGUUUGCUUUCCAGUUUAUACACGCUUCUGGAAAAUGCGAUUCCUGCAUGCCUGGAGAUGUCACCAUUUGAACCUGUUCCCUUUCCACUUGAAAUACUCCCAACUGAACUCAACGACCCGUCCAUGGAAAGGGUUACAGUCACAGUGCCGACGCUGUUCCACUGCAAGCUAUGAUGUCAUCGUUGUUGGAGGAGGACAUGCUGGGGCCGAGGCUGCACAUGCUGCUGCCAGGAUGGGUGCAGAUACCCUGUUGUUGACCCACAAGAUAGAGACAAUUGGGGCCAUGUCUUGUAAUCCUUCAUUUGGUGGAAUUGGUAAAGGACACUUGAUGAAAGAGGUUGACGCUCUUGAUGGUCUCUGUGGCCGUGCUUGUGAUGAAACUGGGAUCAAUUAUAGAAUGUUGAACACCAAGAAAGGACCUGCUGUUUGGGGCCCACGUGCACAGAUUGAUCGUACUUUGUACAAGAAUUUUAUCCAAAAUGCUCUCCUGACUACGCCUGGAUUAACGGUCAUAGAAAGUCCUGUUGAAGAUCUUCUGCUGAAAGAAUCUGUUUGUUCAGAACAUAGUUUGGCCACACAAGAAUGUUUUGGUGUUUUGUUGGGAAAUGGAACCAAGAUGUUUGGCAAAACUGUUGUCUUAACGACAGGAACAUUUCUUCGAGGCUGCAUCACCGUUGGACUAAGUUCAAAGCCUGCAGGUAGACUGGGAGAUGAACCAGCUGUGGGUCUUGCAUGUUCUCUUGAGAAAGCAGGCUUCAAAAUGGGGAGAUUAAAAACAGGAACUCCGCCACGUCUGGAUGGUCAUACUAUUGAUUUCUCCAAGACAAUUCUCCAGCCUGGUGACAAUCCACCUGUGCCAUUCUCUUUCCUCAACGACAAAGUCUGGAUAAAGCCUGAAGACCAGUUGUUAUGCUAUCUCACCUACACCACACCUGAGGCAGCUGAGAUCGUUAAGAAGACCCUACACCUGAAUAAACAUGUGAAUGAGGAAACUGUUGGCCCAAGGUAAGGAGACUUCUUCUCAG